AUGUCAAAGGUAUUACCAUUCACAGAAGCUAACUCUAAGAGAGUUACCGGUUUAUUUAGACAAGCUUUAAGAACUGCAUUUGAUCACUCGAUAAAAUGGGAAUUAUAUAGAGCUGAAACCAUAAAAAUCAGAAAACAAUUCGAUGCCAACAAAUCAGUUUCUGAUCCUCAAUUAUUAGAAGAAUUAAUCAAAAAAACAGAAGAUAAAUUACAAGAAUGGAAACAUCCAGAUCCUUAUAUCACUCCACAAAGACCAGGUGGUACUAAAUACCAAAGAAAUUUACCUAAACCUGAUGAACCAAUCAUACCUGGUGACUGGUAG